ACUGUGCUACAGCUGCCUGACUUUGGCACGGGGUCCGUCGGAAAAGCUGUUUCGUAGCUCCCCGCCGGAUCCUGCUCCUCUCCUCUCUUCCUUGUCCUGGAGUUACUGCCGAGUCCCGCCAACACGCCGCGAGGGGAAAAAGGCCUGCGAGGAGCGAAAGCGCCUCCUCAGCUGUCAUGUCGCAGCCAACGAAAGGCAAAAAACACCCCGCCAAGGGCGCCAGAGAGCAUGGUGAUAAAAAGGCAAGUGGAGCAUCAAGAGAGAAGAAAGGAGCAGAAGCAACUGAGAAGAGACCCGUAAAUACUAGCAAUACUGAAUCUCCCAAAACCCAGACCAGUGGAGUUUCUUCAGUCAGUAAGGCCCAGACUUCUGUUGCAUCAAAGACACCAACUAUGAAACCUGCUGAAACAAAGGCUUCCUCAAGCCAACAACAGACUCGUGGAGCGGAAUCCCAGAAAAGGAAAAGAAACAAAAAGAAGGCAACACAAAAAGCAAAGACAGAAGCUGAAAAAGCACUACAGGACAAAAAGCCAGAUGAAUCUCAGCCUAGCUGUCCAGUUGAAGGGAAGCAGAGAGAUCCUGGAGAGGCAAAAAGUCCAAGCAAACAUUCUUUAGGGAAGGACCCUAAGGAACCAAGUUCUGGAAAAGAAGCUUCUGGUCCGAGUGCUAAGUCAACAGAGUUUGCAUCAACUGAAGAAGCAAAAGCUAAAACUGACGACAAACCAUUGGCUUCUAAGGCAGCUGUUGACACAGCUGGAACAGUUACAGCUGCUGGCUUGACUGCUGCAUCUGCGGAGACGAAAGAAAAUAAACUGGCACCUCUAACUCCCGCUACUGCAGACACUAAACCAGCAGAAAAGUCUGAUUUAGAUACUGCCUUAGAUGAUUUAAUAGAUACACUUGGAAGUCCUGAAGAAAAUGAACCACCUGCUCCUGCAUAUACUGGACCGGAAGUUUCGGACCCAAUGUCGUCCUUGAAUAUUGAAGAGUUGGGCAAAUGGGAGAGCACAAUUCCUCCGGAAUACAGAAAAUUAUUGGAGAGUAAAGGUGAUGGUAAAAUAGCUUCUCCAUCAGUUGCAGUGGGAGAAUCUCAGCCAACAAUGACAGAUGAUGACCUAGCAGAUGUUCUGUCAUCUGAUUUUACAUGCAGUGCUGUUCCAUCUGCUGGAGAAAAGGAAGUCAGGCCAAAAGAGCCUGCAGCAAAAGAUGAGCUUUUACAAGCCCAUUCCACAACAACGGUCAGGAGUUCAGCUCCUCCCAAAGAGAAGAAACCAAAAUUAGAAGAGGUGAAAAUUAGUGAUAGUGCCCUGGAUGCUCUUGUGGAUACACUUGGUAUGCCAGAACCUGAACCCGAAGAAGAUAUUAGUUCCAUCAUUGAAGUUGAAGAGCCAAAAGCCAUAGAAAGGAAAGAAAAGAAACCUGGUGAACAUGAUGACACAAUUCCUCCUGAAUACAGAUUAAAACCAACCUUGGACAAAGAUGGGAAGCCCUUGUUGCCAACACCUGAAGAGAAACCAAAGCCAAUUAGUGAGAUUGAGCUCGUUGAUGAAUUUUCAAAAGACUUUGUCUGUCCUACUUCUUCCACAGAAAAAUCAAAACCAGCUAAACUUGUUGAUACAUCUAAGAAACCUGUAGUGGAUGAGCCCCCCAAAGCUCCCAAAGAAAAAGUAGCCGCGUCUCCUGUAGCUCUUCCUGUGCAGUCUUUGGCUUCAUCAGAAGCUCCAACAAAGCCUGAACCAGCUAAGCCCCAGAAGACAUCUGCAGAAGAAGUUGUCUCAGCUGCAACUAUUACUUCUGUGAAAUCUUCAGCUCCUACAGUUGUUCCUCCAGGUACACAUGCAGCUGAUGAAGCACUGGAUGCCUUAUCUGGAAGUCUGGGAAAAAGAGAGCCUGCUCCAGAAGAAAAGAAACCUGCUGUGGAUAAAGUGAAAGAAAAAACAAAAAAAGAGAAGCGUGAGAAACUUGGGGAAGAUGAGGAAACCAUACCUCCUGAUUACAGAUUAACUGAAGUAAAGGAUAAAGACGGGAAACCACUUUUGCCAAAACCUGAAGAAAAGCCUCAGGCCCUGAGUGAAAGUGAACUUCUUGAUGCUUUGUCUGAAGGGUUUUCUUGUUCUGCAGCAACAGCAACAGCAGCAGCAGCAGAAGCACCUGCGAAAUCUACAGGUGCUAGCAAGUCGGCUAUUGUCCCUACAGAAGAGGUUAUUUCUUCUGCUGCUGCUUCUGCUGUGCGUUCAUCUGUUCCUACACAAGCGGUCAUCCCAGGUAGGAAGGAACUUGAUGCUGCUGCAGAUCUGCUUGCAGACUCACUGGGACAAAGACAGCCUGACCCAGAGGAAAACAAACCAGUUUUGGAUAAAAUAAAGGAAAAAGUCAGAUCUGAGCAUAGAGACAAACUUGGAGAAAGAGAUGAUACAAUCCCACCUGAAUAUAGGCAUCUUCUGGACUCGGAUGAGAAGGGUAAGCCAACAGAGAAAGAUGGUGAGAAACUCAAAGAACAAACGAAGCCAGACAGUGAUACAGCAGCCAUAGAUGCCCUCUCAGGGGACUUUGACCAUUGUGGUAAACCUGUAGUUUCACAGCCAUCUUCAACAAAGGAGGACAAAUCAAAAGGUGCUGCCUCAUCUAAACCAUCUAAGAAGGAGGAAAAGAAAUCCAAGACCCCCAAGAAAGCAAAGGAGCAGUCUUCCAGUGCAAAAUCUGAGAAACAAAAAAAAAGUUAAAUGUCACAGGGAUCCAUUGCUGUACACUUGAAGUACCAGAUGUGUAACCUACAGGAUGCAUCAGCCCCUUUUUGCGGUCCCUGGAGGCCUUUCCUGCAAAUAUCAGCACCAAAAUAGAGGCCCACUUUUUCCAUGUUUCUUACAAAUAAGAAGUAAAAUCAGGUCAUUCAUAAAAUAAACAAACUUGCUCUCUCUGGUGAUAAUGCAUCACUGCCAUAAUCCUUAAAGUUGGAAAAAAAUCAUUAAAAAAACAUAUUGCCCCUGCCCCCAUUGUUGGCUAUACCCGAGCUAAUUUUUUUUUACAGGCCUCUGCCUAAUUUUGAAGCAUAUUGCAAGAGAUCAGUUCAGAACUACAGUAAGAUCUGUUUCCCAGCUCCUUGGGAAGAAUGAGAGAAUGAGUGUGCCCGUUAGCACCAUCCAGCCCUUGCUUAAGCCCCAUCUGGCUCCCCGAGAGAUAACUUUUGAUUAAAAAAAAAAAGUUGUCUGCUGGCCUUUUUAAUGAAACACUAGUUUUUACUCUUGGGAGCAAAGGAAAUUUGAUUACAGCAAGAAAAUGAUGUUCAGUAAGAGGAUUCUAUUUACAUGAAGCUUCAUAGAUGUAAUGUUAUGAUGUUCUUAUAUCCUGUAUUUUUAUGUUUUUUUGUACUGAGUCACAAAGUUGAGAUGAAUGGCUCUAUACAUUCUAUAAAUAAAUAACAUUGGUUAGCUUAGGUCAACCCUGUUUGUCCUGCUAAUCUGGAUACUUUAGUUUUCUAUUUUAAAAUUUCUGCCUCAGCUGCUGAAUUUUAUGACACACUUCCUUUUAAGAAUAUAUUUUUAUCUUUUCAGAAUGUUUAUCACCAGUGCAAAAAGUCUUUAUUUUGAUGGACAGCUGCAUUUGAACCAAAGCAGUUUCACAUAAAGAUAGUAUCUUGGAUAUUUUGUGGUAUUGGGCUAUUUUGGCAUGCAAGACAUUUAUUUUGCUAUUUUCAAGGAUGAACUCACAUUUCCUAGACACUUACUUUACUGUUUUUAUUACUGUCAUUUUCUUAAGUUUUGAGAAGAAAAUAAUGCUUUAUAUUUGUAAGAAAUAUAUUUCUUAUGGAUUUAAUGGCAGUGAAAAAUGCAAAAUUUUGCACAUAAUCUACCCACAGUGCCUGUAGAUCUCGGUAAAGUUCAGUGAAUCUAUGCUAGUUUGUUAGAAAAAGGAAUGCUUUAAAUAUGCAUUUUGGUUACCUGCUUAUGUAGGCCAAUUGCCUAUGAGUACUUCUGCUGGAGAAUACUUAGGGAAAAAUGCGUAAAUAGUUAUUAAGUUUUCAAAGUUGGAGCAGAAUAGAAGCUACUAUUUUGCAGCCCUGGCUUCUUAUAAAAUAAUGAACAGUGCCAUCCUUCUAAAACUUGCAUCCUUAUAUGAUGUAUUUGUGCUACUUGUCAGUGGCUUCCUGGAAGGAUAUAAUAUUGCAUCCAAACUCAUAGAGAAAGAUAACUGAUACUUCUCCCCACCCCCACCCCUUGAAAGCUGUUCUGUAGCAUCUGCUUUAUUCUGAGCAAUAAGCACCUAAGAGUUGAAUAUGUAGGAUGGCAUAGUACUCAUCCUAGGAAUUGAGAACAUGCAAAGAAUCCUUGUCCUAGAACAUAGUAUCUCAAACUUGGCAACUUUUAAGAUGUGUGAACUUCAACUCCCAGAACUCCCCAGCGAGCCAUUCUGGGAGAUGAAGUCCACACAUCUUAAAGUUGCCAAGUUUGAGAAAUGCUGUCCUAGUGUAUACAUAUAUGGCACAGCUGAUUUGGGUAUAGUUCUUAAUCAGAUUUCAGUGCUUUCUUUUCUUUUAGUAUUCCAUGCAGGGUAUGUGAGAGAUAUAGUUCCAGUUCCAGAUUAAGAUAUGGUUUGAAAUCUCUCUAUUGACUUGCAUGUUAGAAUGUUCACACCUGUUCCUAGGUAGCUGUGACUAUAAACUUAACCAACAUUAGGUGCCUCAGGAAUGUUAUCUGUGUGAUCCCUUUUCACCUGCAUGGGAAUUAAAAGAGCAUGGGUGUUUUCUACCAUAGCGUUUACUUUUUUCAAAUGGAUUCAAUAAGAGAUUUCUACGUGGAUUCCAUCUUUCAUACUGAAGACAUUGAGACUGUCCUUGAUAAUAUGUAAUGUCAAUACUGAACUGUAUUUGACAUUUUAUUGUGGCACACUAAUAAACAUUUUAUGUAUUACUUUA